UAUAUAUUUUCAAUCUCUCUCUCUAUCUCUAUCUCCUUUAUUUCUCUUUCUCUUUUGUCUCUGACAUUACAUCAAACAUAUAGAAAGCAAAGCAGAAAAACAUAGGAAAAACAAACAUGAGCGGCGUAGCUGUUCUUGUUGGUGAUGGUAAUGGUAAUGGAGGCCAAGGAGAAGGAGGGAUAAGGGGCUUGACCGCGAUCCCAAGCAACAUGAAGAAGACGAUCCAGAAUAUUCGAGAAAUCACGGGAAAGCAACACAGCGACGACGACAUCUACGCUGUGCUCAAGGAGUGUUCUAUGGAUCCCAAUGAGACAGCACAGAAGCUCCUCUAUUUGGAUACAUUUCAUGAGGUUAAAAAGAGACGUGACCGGAGAAAGGAGAAUUUGAGUAGCAGAAAACCUGAAGGUUCUAGGUCAACGCAGGGGCGAUUUGCUAGGGGUGGUCAAGAUAAUGGUGGUAGGAAGAAUGUUGCUGUUAGAAGGGAAAAUGGCAUCAAUCACAUUACAAAGAACAAUGCGGCUCCUCUCUCGACAAAAGCUUCAGCUGUCAUACCUAAUAGUCCCACAAACCUUUCAAAUGGUAGUGUGAGUCACGGUCCUACCUCCCAAUCAUCUGUGGGUGGUGUUAUCAAUGUUCCUAAAGGAAGUUCAGCUGUUGAUGUAAACAAAUUGGGGACUGCUCCACCACAAUAUGCUGCUGUUGCAGCCUUAGCCCCCACCGGCUCUGCGUCUGGAGUUAAACAAGGAAAGUCCCCAUCAGGCGCUGAUCAGCUGUCACUCUCUGCUACUCCAACAACUGCGUCUGCAGUUGAUUCCUCUGCUUCAGAUCCGGUUCUGAUGCCAGCUAUCUCCCAACAUCCUGGUCCUGUGAGUACAGCUAAACAGGGAACAGGGAGCCAGGGAAUUGCUACUGAACCAAGUGAUCUUCAAAAAAACAAACAUAUUUCUCGAGAUGUUAGUGAAUUAGAGUUGUCCAAGAAUGAAAAAGCAGCCUCCAGGACUAUGAGCUCCAUGAAUAAAAAAAGGGAAACAAGCAAGUCCAAAGCAAUUCAAAAGAAUAAGGUGUCUGAGACUUUGCAACCCUCUUCUUCAGCAUCUGAAGGUUCUCUGGCCAUUAGGUCUUCUUCAGAUUGUGCUAGUCAGUCAACACAAGAGUCUGUUGUCCCUAAUGAAGUGAUCGCAUCUGAUGUUGCAACUACUACCGUUGAAGUCAUCUCUGAGCCACCAGCUGAGGUGAAUGUUAAUGACAGGCAAAUUGUUACCUUUCCCAAUCAUUUCCAGGUCUCUGAAGCUCUGAAAAGUGGAUUGACUUUUGGAAGCUUUGAAUCUACAUUUGGAUCAAGUGCGAAAUCCAUCAAGGGAACUGGUGGUGACAAUGACUCUUCAGGUGUUGUUGAGUCUUCUCAGCAGACUGAUCAAACUGCUAAAGAGCAUUCUAGCAACCAAAUCAUAUCCUCGAAUGCACAAGAAGAUUUUCCUGAUCAUCCAAAUUCUGUCUCUCAGCCUAUUCUUGAACAAGUACCUCCUCCAGAGGGCAAUGUUUCUAGUGCAGAAGCAAAAGAUGACCAGUUAAACCAGGAAAUAUUGUCGCUUCCAGAAGUCCCUCAAAACCCAACCAUUCAAAACGGACCAAACUACAAUCUUGGUUUAGUGUCAACCAUGCUAGGGAACCAGUUUGUACAAUUUGAAGGACCUGAAACUCAGACACAAGAAGCAUCUCGCUUUUCGAACUUUGUUAAUGGGAAUACUCCGGCUCUGUCCAGCCGUAGUCCUACUCCACCAAUUCAGAGCUCUGUGCCUCCACAAUCGGUUCCUGUUUUGAGGCAGCCAUAUCCUGCUAACUUCAUCCCAUACGGUCACUACUACCAUCCAUUUUAUAUGCCACCAAUUCACCAAUAUUUAAGCCACAACGGGUUUCCCCAGCAGCCAUCUACUGGCAAUGUCUAUUUAACCCCAGCACCUAAUGCUUCUGCCGCUGGGGUUAAAUCAUCUCUGCCUCAAUUGAAGCCUGGAGCAAAUGCAGGAAACCCAGCUCAUAUUGGAAUUUUUGGUAGUUCAUUCGCUCCCCCUGUUGGUCACAAUCCUGGUUCAGCAGUGACCUCUGGAAGCUCUACUGGUAUCGAGGAUCUUUCAUCAUCUCAGAUGAAGGAAAAUCAUGUCUACACGACUGGACAACUGAGUGAAGGUUCAACUGUUUGGAUUCCAGGCCAAGAUAUACCCAACUUGCCAGUCAAUUCUUUGUACAACUUCAACCCUCAUGGACAGCCCAUGGCUUUCUCACUUGCUCAGGCUGGUCAUGGUGCCUUCGCUGGACUUUAUGCGGGGCAGACAUUAGCCGCUCCUUCGACACUUCUGCAACAGUCACAGGCAAUGGCUGGAGCUGUUGAAACAGUAGCACCUCCAACUGGUGUUUUUCAGCAGGCUCAGCAUCCACCGAUUAAUUGGAUUAGUAAUUUUUGAUCUGGCAUGAGGCUGCAUUGUAGAAAUAGAUUGUCAGUGUGGAUCAAGUCUGGCCUGAUCUGAGUGUAAAUAUAAAAUGCGGCCCAGAUAAUUUUCGGAAUUAUCUUGUGGGGAUAUAUGAUGCUGACCAUUGUGGGGGAGAUAGGUGGAGGCUUUUUUUUUGAGUUAGUUUUUUCCUAAUCUAUUUUCUAGUCUUUUAUUUUGGGUAGCAAAAUCUAGCUGUUUUAUUAGACUUUGGUAGUUUCUUAAAAGUGUUAUAGAAAGCUAAGAGCUCAAUAGAGUAGGUGAGAUUUUCCAAUUUUUCCUUUCUUUUGUCUCACCAGUAUCUCACAUUUUGGUAGAGCAUGAAACAUUAUACAACUGUAAUUGGUAUAUGAGAAUUGGCAUUUGGCUCUGCUCUUUUGUUUUUAAUGGGCAAAUUCAAAUAUGGGUUGAUUAAAACUUACAAGGUUGAUCUUU